AUGGCUAGCGCAGCAACAAAACACACUCAACACCCAGGAGUGCAGCGCUCUAGAAAACAGCGAUUUGUCAACAAGAUUUGGGAUUCCCUUGAUAAGUCUCCUGAGGAUAGGAAGCUCAUCGCCAAGAUUGACUGGUUCAUCUUGAGCUACGUCUGUGUGGCAUAUUUUGUCAAGUACUUGGAUCAGACAAACGUUUCCAAUGCAUACAUAUCGGGCAUGAAACAGGAUUUGGACAUGGCAGGAAACGACCUGAAUUACCUCACCACGUACUGGACCAUCGGUUAUAUUCUUGGACAAAUUCCAUCUCAAAUCAUCCUGACGAAGGUUCAACCAUCGAUCUGGCUGCCAUCAUUGGAGCUGAUAUGGAGCAUUCUGGUGAUGGCGAUGGCGGCAACGAAGGAUCUCAAAACGAUCUACAUCCUCCGAUUUUUCGUGGGCUUGCUCGAGGCGUCAGCCUACCCAGGUAUCAUGACUCUUUUGGGUAACUGGUAUCAGCCAUCGGAGUUGGCCAAACGUGCUUGCAUCUUCCAGGCCUCGUCUAGCGUGGCCCAGAUGUUCGGUGGGUACUUGCAAGCAGCUCUAUACGCCAAUAUGAACGGUGCCCAUGGCCUUGCCGCCUGGAGGUGGCUCUUCAUUUUCGACGGAGUCAUAGGCAUCCCUAUCGCCCUCUAUGGUUACUUUGCGAUACCUGACAGCCCGACCACUACUAAAGCGAGAUGGUUGACGUCGGCGGAGAAACAGCGCGCUAUCCAGCGCAUGGAAUCGGUUGGCCGUAAGCCUGCCAAAAGCCUCACUCUCAGGAACAUCAUCAACCUGUUCCGGGAAUGGCCUGUGUACCUUUUCACGUUAUCUUUCACAUGCUACAUCCAGGCAACUCGCGUCUACGCCUACUUCAAUGUGUGGUUGAAGGAAACGGGAAAUUAUACCGUGGAGCAGGCCAAUGUCAUCCCCACCGCUGGCUAUGGCACGUUGGUUUUUUUCACGCUGUUUUUUGCCUGGACCAGCGACGGCCUCAACAAUCGAUGGCUGGUCAUAGUAUUCGGCGCCACAUUAUCUCUGAUAGGUGCCAUAAUACUAUCCGUUUCAGUGCGACCGGAUGGCAACACUGCCGCUAUCAUAGCAGGCUUUAUCUUGACCUAUCUGGUGACAGGCACCGCAGGAAUCUAUAUGACCUACAUCACGGAGGUCUGCAAUUACAGCUACGAGCACCGCGCUCUGAUAAUUGCUCUGGCAGACACGGCGGGCUACGUAUUUGUCGCCUGGCUGCCACUUUUUACGUUCAAUACAGGUGAAGCACCGUGGUUCAAGAUUGGCUACAAGAUGACCGCCAUCUUCCUUGGCCUUCAGAUUUUUUUCAUUCUUCUAGUGCCAAUUGCACGGAAUCGGUGGCCUGUAGGAAAAUACCAGCACAAUCCCGGGAAUAUGCGUGAGCAUGAUACCGAGGCACAGCCUGCUGUGUGA